AUCCCUAAGAAGGACGAGAGCGGGAGAGCGGGAGAGCGGGAGAGCGGGAGAGUAGAUGGACACAGCAGCAAAAAUGGGGGCGGAGUCUAUGAGAAUAAACGCCUCUGCUCCUCCUUUUCGCAACUCCACUAGCUCUCGGAGGCAUCUUCCUCUCUAUCCCAAUCGGUUCAUGGGCUUCAACACACUCCGUCGCCCUUUCUCUUCCUCUGAAUUGUUCGGAAAUGUUCGUCUCAGGUCGAAGCAUUUGAACCUUUCAGCUGUUCAGGAACAGAAGAGAAGACUCUCCGUUGUCUCCAUGGCUGCUGACGAUACCAAGCGUAGUGUACCCUUGAAGGAUUAUCGCAACAUUGGAAUUAUGGCUCAUAUAGAUGCAGGGAAGACUACGACAACUGAAAGAAUUCUCUACUAUACUGGAAGGAACUAUAAGAUAGGUGAGGUACAUGAGGGGACAGCUACAAUGGACUGGAUGGAACAAGAACAAGAAAGAGGGAUAACCAUUACUUCAGCUGCAACUACCACCUUUUGGAAUAACCAUCGGAUUAACAUCAUUGACACUCCUGGUCAUGUUGACUUCACACUUGAAGUGGAACGAGCUCUCAGGGUCUUGGAUGGAGCUAUUUGCUUGUUCGACAGUGUUGCAGGUGUGGAACCUCAGUCUGAAACCGUUUGGAGGCAAGCUGAUAAAUAUGGGGUCCCUAGAAUAUGCUUUGUUAAUAAGAUGGAUCGGCUUGGGGCUAAUUUUUUCCGUACAAGGGACAUGAUAGUCACAAAUUUGGGUGCAAAACCUCUGGUGCUUCAAAUACCAAUCGGUGCAGAAGAUAAUUUUCAAGGAGUAGUUGAUCUUGUGAAAAUGAAAGCUAUUAUUUGGUCAGGAGAGGAACUUGGUGCAAAAUUUGUUUAUGAGGAUAUUCCUGCUGAUCUUCAGGAGUUGGCUCAAGAUUACAGAACCCAGAUGAUUGAAACCAUAGUAGACUUAGAUGAUAAGGCUAUGGAGAGCUACCUAGAAGGAAUAGAGCCUGAUGAGCAAACAAUUAAGAAAUUAGUUAGAAAGGGAACCAUCUCAAACAGUUUUGUCCCAGUUUUCUGUGGCUCAGCAUUUAAGAACAAGGGGGUUCAGCCAUUGCUUGAUGCAGUGGUGGAUUAUUUGCCUUCUCCACUUGACUUACCAGCAAUGAAAGGGACUGAUCCCGACGACCCAGAAGUGACAGUUGAAAGGGCUGCAAGUGAUGAUGAGCCAUUUGCUGGAUUAGCUUUUAAAGUCAUGAGCGAUUCUUUUGUGGGAUCCCUUACAUUUGUCAGAAUUUAUGCAGGGACGCUGACUGCAGGAUCUUAUGUUCUUAAUUCAAACAAAGGGAAGAAAGAAAGAAUAGGGAGACUUCUGGAAAUGCAUGCAAAUAGUAGAGAGGAUGUCAAGGUAGCAUUAGCUGGUGAUAUUGUUGCUCUUGCUGGUCUAAAAGAUACUGUCACUGGUGAAACACUAUGUGAUCUUGACAAGCCUAUCGUCCUUGAACGGAUGGACUUUCCUGAUCCUGUUAUUAAGGUUGCUAUAGAACCCAAGACCAAGGCAGAUAUUGAUAAGAUGGCAGUUGGACUCAUCAAACUUGCUCAAGAGGACCCAUCUUUCCACUUCUCAAGAGAUGAAGAGACCAACCAAACAGUUAUUGAAGGAAUGGGGGAGUUGCAUCUCGAGAUCAUUGUGGAUCGGCUUAAGAGAGAAUUCAAGGUUGAAGCUAAUGUUGGUGCACCGCAAGUGAACUACCGUGAAAGCAUCUCUAAAAUCUCAGAAGUGAAGUAUGUGCACAAGAAGCAGUCUGGUGGCCAGGGACAGUUUGCGGACAUCACUGUAAGAUUUGAGCCCAUGGAAGCAGGUAGUGGUUAUGAGUUCAAAAGUGAAAUAAAGGGAGGUGCAGUGCCAAAAGAAUAUAUCCCCGGAGUGAUGAAAGGUUUGGAAGAAUGCAUGGGCAAUGGUAUACUUGCAGGCUUCCCCGUUGUUGAUGUGCGUGCUGUGUUAGUCGAUGGCUCAUACCAUGAUGUCGAUUCCAGUGUCUUGGCAUUCCAGCUGGCAGGUAGAGGAGCUUUCCGGGAGGGAAUAAAGAAAGCUGCUCCAAAAAUGCUGGAACCCAUUAUGCAAGUUGAAGUUGUCACACCCGAGGAGCACUUGGGUGAUGUAAUUGGCGAUCUUAACUCAAGAAGAGGACAGAUCAACACCUUUGGUGAUAAACCUGGUGGUCUCAAGGUGGUUGAUGCUCUGGUACCAUUAGCUGAGAUGUUUCAAUAUGUGAGUACGCUUAGGGGAAUGACAAAAGGACGUGCAUCCUACACCAUGCGGUUGUCAAAGUUCGAUGUUGUCCCUCAACACAUCCAGAAUCAGCUCUCAACGAAAGAGCAGCCAGUUGCUGCUUAAUUCCAUUUUAUUUCACUCCACUCAGCAAGCUCAUUAUACAUAAAUUUGUUUUUUGGUCUGUCUUGGUGUUCAAGAUCCAAGAUAUUACUUUGUUUGUAACCAUUUCAUAUAUUGGAAAUGUAAUUAUGAUUUUAAGAGGAAAUAGA